AUAAAUUUUAUAAUAAAUCAACAAAAUGGCAAAAAAUUUCAACUUCAGGCAAUUAGAGAACAGUAUCUUUGGAUAUUAUCAUUUAGCUACAGAAGAAGGAAUUCCAGCACAGAAUAUUGGGUGAGAAGUAGAGUGAGAAUACUGAUGUAAAUAACUCUGUAUGAGCUUCUAAGACAGACUGCAACCAGACAUUGCUUAUAUUUUUGAUCAUACUUGGAUGUCUCUUAUUCAUAUUCUCUAUUUGACUCUUAAUCAAGUGAAUAUUUUCUCACACUAAGGUUAAAUCCUUAUUAUCCCAAUGGUUUGAAUUGAGGAAAUAGCGAGGAAGAAAUCAAAGAAAUGGACAAGCCUUCUGAGCCUGACAGAAUAGGUCUCACAUAUGAUGACCACAACACAUUGUUGAAUCAUAACGUUCACUCAUUGAGAGGAAAUAAUUUUAAAUUUGGUCAGAAUAAUUCACGGAAGGAUUAUUCAAAAUACGCAACCUUCAAAGGAAGAAAAAUUGACUCUGAAGAGCUGAAGCUUAGUAAAAUGCCCUCAGCAGAUACUGACUUGAAAGAAGAAGACUCGAGGGAACUUGUACGAAAAUAAAGACUCAAGGAAGGGCAGAAGAUCCAGAAGGAUUAACAAAAUCCCUGAAAACACAAUAAAUGAGCUCAAGCCCAGCAAUGAAGAAAAUGAAAAUUUCUCAAAAAUAAAAGCCUUUGAAUUACCCGAGGAUUAUCAGAAGAAAAAGAGGAAGAGAAAUAGUGGGACUAUUCAUCUUGAUUCUGAGAAUUUUAAUUUCAGCAGUGAGUAUAAAUAUACCAAGGAAAAUUUGGAAUCACGAAUAGGGAAGGAAUUCAUAAACGAUCUUCCUGAAAAUGGCGAGGUUAGUAAUCUCUUCCAACAUAUAGAGCUGAAUGAUCGGCAUUGGAGGAAAAGUUGCCAAAAAGUAAAUUCCCACCGUAAGAUUCAAAAAAUUUAA